AUGUCUUCUCAGUCAACAUCACCUGCCAAGUCCUGCGCGCUCUUUCGUGCAUGGGGCCCGGGGUAUAUGAAUCCCGACUCUAUCGUGGCACAUCCGUGCAACUUGGUACUCCUGGAGACGCUCUGUACUGAAUUUGCAUAUUGCUACUAUUGGAGUGCUGAGUGCUGUGGAAACAGCUGA